GGCGGCCGCGGUGUGCCGCAGACGCCGCUCACCUUGAGUACUUGUCCCGGCCUGUCUUCGUGAACUUCCCCUUGGUAACGUCUCUUGUCAGCAAUUUCACGCCGAGUUAAAACGGCGCUUAGAUAUUUUGCUAAUACAGAGACCAGAAUUUUCUCGUUCCCAAUUGGACCCCUGGGGUAUGAUGGGGAUGGCGUCUGACAUGCAGACACGCCUCUCUGUAGGCUUAUCUCUGGAAUAUAUAUAAAGGCUCAGUUAGACCUCCUCAGGCAGAAGCUUCAUCAUACUGUCUUCCUAUCAAACAACCAGCUCGAUCAUUGAUAAGCUGAGGCAGAUACCUGCAAUAAGCAUACCAUAUACUGAAGACACCAAAACUCUUGCUCGCCCCGAUGUUGUCAUUCCAACUUCAGCACAGCCAAGCUUCACGACAGGCGGCAAAAGCUGCUGCACUUGGCUUUGCUCGAACCAUAUCUUCUUCUUCAUCUCUGACGAGAGCUCCCAUAACUCUUCGAGCCGGUUGUGCCGCUUCCCAGCAACAUCGGCUCUUCUCAUCGACACCGACACACCAACUUCGUGACUUCUUUCCGGUCAAAGAGACGCCACAUAUCCAGACGACCAAGCCAGCCUGGCCACACGAAGGCUACACAUAUGAUGAAAUGUUGGCGGUCGAACCCGCUCAUCGACCUCCCAGGACAGUUGGCGACUAUACAGCCUGGAAAAUUGUCCGCUUUGCCCGAUAUUGUAUGGACAAGGCCACAGGUAUGGACCGUGAUCAGAAAUCCGACAAGACCAAGCCGACUACAGCCAUCGAGGCUGAGAAGCCACUCACCGAGGCUCAAUGGUUGAUUCGAUUCAUCUUCCUCGAGAGCGUGGCGGGAGUUCCAGGCAUGGUUGGGGGCAUGUUGCGCCAUCUGGGCAGCCUUCGACGCAUGAAACGAGAUAAUGGCUGGAUCGAAACACUUCUCGAGGAGAGCUACAACGAACGAAUGCAUCUUUUGACUUUUAUGAAGAUGUGUGAGCCUGGUUGGUUCAUGAAGAUGAUGAUCAUCGGUGCUCAGGGCGUCUUCUUCAACAGUCUGUUUGUGUCCUAUCUGAUCUCGCCCAAGAUUGUCCACAGGUUUGUCGGUUACCUUGAAGAAGAGGCUGUUCACACCUACACUCGUUGUAUCAAGGAGAUCGAAGAUGGCAACUUACCCAAGUGGAGUGACCCCAAGUUCCAGAUACCCGACAUUGCUGUCCAGUACUGGAAGAUGCCAAAAGAGCACCGUACGAUGAAGGACUUGAUCCUCUACAUCAGGGCUGAUGAGGCCACUCACCGAGGAGUCAACCACACGCUUGGUAACCUCAACCAAACGGAGGACCCAAACCCAUUCGUCAGCGAGUACAAAGAUCGUGAGCCACCCAAGCCCGCACUGAAGCCCACCGGCUACGAUCGCGUCGAAGUCAUCUAGGGUUGUCACAAAGCGAUCACCAACGUUAGCGGAAUAAAGCCUCGUGGCAUCAGACGAGCUUGUACGAAUUACCUUGCCUCAUUUGUUCGACAUGACCGGAAGUUCUUGGUUUGAGUAUUGUAAUUCUUGCUUAUUUGCAUAUGAUACCACUGGGAAAUAGGAGUUCAACUGUGGAAGGAGUUUGGCUGGUUAUUUGAAAACAAAUCUGCAUUUGAUGGCGUUCUGUUACGGAAUCCCUACUCUUGACGGUCUUAGGAGCAUUGUUUUAGUUGGGUAAAAGAAGAAGAAGAAAAACCAUAUUCCAGUGGUAAACCGUUCUGAUUAGUUCAACCACAAACCCUCUGCUGCAUGUGAAGUUCAUGCCGCCAGAAUGGUUUCGAAAAUAAUACUUACUCACAAACGGCAUACACAUGCAACAAUAUCUUGGUGAGGAACUCGUGUGUACGCCUCCGCAACCUACCUGGCAAUACGUAACAAUAAGCUGAAGAAUAACCGCAUCACUUUCAGCAACUUCCACCUCAAUUUCGCAUGUCGAGCUUCCUGCCUUUUCGGGCAAGGUGGGGACCAGUUCGCGUUUAUUUUAGUGCAAGGUACCUUAGUUAAUAAGCUUCUUUUUCUCCGGUCCGGACCGCGUCAGCAAAACCUCGAAAUCUGCCUUGCGAGGAUCCUCAAACGCAAAGGAAGAGUCGGCUGUCACCGAGCAAGGCAGGGGUCCUAGUGAUAAGCUGAAACUGAUGUCACCACUGUAUCAACGCUUACCGACUUGCUCCCGUCAGCACGCAAACCUUCCUCUACCUCUGACACGAGGAGAAAGAGAGCACAGCCUUGGAUUGUGGGGUCGGAUCGUGGGCCGCGUGUAAGGCUGGGGGCGGUGUAAGUGGGAUAUACGUAUUCUGUCAUGGCAUGAAUAUGUGUUUCGGACAGUAUUUGCACGAAUGAGGUAGUGAAUCAUAAAGUAAAGCAUG